AUGGGAUGGGUUGUGUGCCGCAAUCUGACUCGUCAUGUGAUUGAGCUACACAUAGGCAAUGGUUUGCACGUGUACGAACCAAGCUAUGAUCUAAGGAUCAAUAACCUUAAGCGGCUGCCAAGUCUUUUCAAUCUUGAGAACUUGAAUAUUUCUAGUGUGGAUCUCAGCAAUGCAACUACCUGGCUACAGGCAAGUAGCAACUUUUUCAAUUGUCCUUUACCCAUAUGGUUGUUUGAUCUUAAUAAUCUUGAAAAUCUUAAGCUUAGUGAUAGUGGUAUUGAAGGUGUGAUGCCGCGUGAGGCUGGAAACGUAACAAAACUAAGAAAUCUUGAUCUUGCAUACAACAAGCUCAACUCCACUAUCCCGAAAUGGAUCUAUCGAUGCAAAGAUUUGGAAUCACUUAUACUGUUUGCAAACAAUAUUGAGGGAGUAGUUUCAAAUGCGAUUUCAAAUUUGAGCUCAAUAACUAGCAUUGACCUUUCUAGAAAUAUGCUUUCUGGAAAAUUACCAAAUGUUAUUGGAAAGUUAUCGAAAUUGCGUUCGCUUGAUCUCUCAGGAAAUCUAUUCAAGGGAGAAGUAUUUGAAUUGAGAAAUAGUUCUUCUUUGACGGAAUUGAUACUAAGAAACAAUAAACUGACUGGAACACUCCCAGAAAGUCUUAGCCAACUCCCAAUGCUAGAAAGUAUUGACAUCUCUAACAAUAGGUUGGAAGACGUUGUAGCAGAAAGUCAUUUCACCAACUGGACACAAUUAAGGAAUUUCUUUGCAUCUAACAAUAAUCUGACUUUAAAAGUGAGUCAGAAGUGGAUUCCACCUUUCCAAGCCAUUCAUAUUGAAAUAGCCGGCUGGAAUAUAGGUCCUUUGUUUCCCAGGUGGCUCCAAACUCAAAAGAAUAUAAAUAGUGUGGACAUAUCAAAUGGUGGAAUACAAGGUGAAGUUCCAACUUGGUUUUGGAACUUAUCUUCUCAAAUUGAGCUUCUCGAUCUUUCACACAACCAGUUUGUUGGUGUGGUUCCAACCAUCUUAAAAGAAAGUUAUAAUUGGUUGAUGUUAUUGGGUUCCAACAAUUUUAGUGGUCCGCUGCCGUAG